CGAUUAUAAUGGAUAUUGGAAAUGAUGCCUUCGAUGAUGUACAAGAAUUUGCAGUGUGUUCAAGACUUGUUGGCGUACAUACUGAGGAGAAAAUGGAAAGUCAUGAUGAAGACACUCUGGACAGCUUUGUAGACAAACUUGAAGAUUUCAUUAUCGGCAUGUUCUCCUUAACACGUCUUUACUUGGACUAUGAUUUCGGGGGCCAGGAUGAUGAUGGAAGUGAAACACGACGCAAGCUCAGCGAUGAACAACUGAAAGAAAUCAAGCGAGUCCUGGAAAAGUACCUCAGUGCACCAUUAUAUAAGAAAUGAAGAUGUUUCGUUUUUUUUCUCCUGAAUUAUUAAAACUGCUCAACAAAUUGUUCGAUAUAAAUAUAUCAAUCAAGAUCGAUCAAUUUAUUACAAGUUCUUUCCUUGAACAAAUUGUUACCUUCUACUCUUUAUUAGCAUCUUAUUAUAAAGGUCUGUAUACUACAUGUAUUUAUACUUUUUCUUAAACAUUAUGUAUAUGUAUAAUCAAUAAAAACAAGUUUUAUUUC